AUGCCAAAGGAAUGGACAGACACUCGAGCUAAUUGGAGGGACGGGAAAGACAUAGCAUCAUUCUACUUCACCCGUUUCCCCGAGGAUGCAACCGAGAAAGACCUAUGGCACCAUUUCAAAAAGUUUGGUGAUGUAACGGAGAUCUUCAUCUCCAAGAAUCGGAACAAGAAUGGUAGGAGGUAUGGGUUUGCUAGAUUUAAAGAUGUGGAGGAUGUGUACAAUCUAGAAAGGAAACUAGAUAACAUCGUCUUUGGCGGGCUCAAGAUGUAUGUCAACAUCCCAAAAUUUGGGAGAGACAGGUAUGAAAAGACAAACCCAGAAGCUAAACGAGUGGAAUAUGAUGAGCAAAAGGAAAAGGAGGCACCCAACAAAGACAUCUAUAUCUGA